GCUGGGCGCCAGGCCGCGCCGUGCCGCGCCGGCCUGGAGGGGGCCCGGAGCCCGGCCAUGGCGGCGGCGGCUAGCGCCGAGGGGCGGCGCGCGGCCCUAGAAGCGGCGGCGGCGGCGGCCCCCGAGCGCGGCGGCGUGAGCUGCGUGCUGUGCUGCGGGGAUCUGGAGGCCACGGCGCUGGGCCGCUGCGACCACCCGGUGUGCUACCGCUGUUCCACCAAGAUGCGGGUGCUGUGCGAGCAGCGCUACUGCGCGGUCUGCCGCGAGGAGCUGCGCCAGGUGGUCUUUGGGAAGAAGCUCCCUGUCUUUGCCAUGAUCCCCAUCCACCAGCUCCAACAUGAAAAGAAAUAUGACAUCUACUUUGCAGAUGGAAAGGUGUUCGCAUUGUACAGGCAGCUGUUGCAGCAUGAGUGCCCACGGUGCCCCCAGCUGCCACCUUUCAGCCUCUUCGGGGACCUGGAGCAGCACAUGCGGAAGCAGCACGAGUUGUUCUGCUGCAAGUUGUGCCUCAAGCACCUAAAGAUCUUCACCUACGAGCGCAAGUGGUAUUCACGCAAGGACCUAGCUCGGCACCGCAUGCAGGGUGACCCUGAUGACACAUCCCACCGGGGACAUCCACUCUGUAAAUUCUGUGAUGAGCGCUACCUGGACAACGACGAGCUGCUCAAGCACCUGCGCCGGGACCACUACUUCUGCCACUUCUGUGACUCUGAUGGAGCCCAGGACUACUAUAGUGAUUAUGCAUACCUGCGUGAGCACUUCCGGGAGAAGCACUUCUUGUGUGAGGAGGGCCGCUGCAGCACUGAGCAGUUCACCCAUGCCUUUCGCACCGAGAUUGACCUCAAGGCUCACAAAACAGCAUGCCACAGCCGAAGCCGUGCCGAGGCACGCCAGAACCGUCAGAUUGACCUUCAGUUUAGCUUUGCUCCGAGGCACUCACGCAGGAGUGAGGGGGUCGUCAGUGGUGAGGACUACGAGGAAGUGGACAGGUACAACCGCCAGGGCAGAGCUGGCCGGGCCAGUGGGCGUGGAGCCCAGCAGAACCGCCGGGGAAGCUGGAGGUACAAGAGGGAAGAAGAGGACCGAGAGGUAGCAGCUGCCAUCCGGGCUUCUGUGGCUGCUCAACAGCAAGAGGAGAUUCGCAGGAAUGAGGACCGGGAAGAGGGUGGCAGACCCAAGAAAGAGGAAACAGCAGCCCGAGGGCCUGAAGAGCCUCGUGGUUCCUGGCGCCUGCCCCGGGCUCAGGGAGAAGGCCCAGGCCCCAAGGAAACCUCAACAAAUGGUCCUGUAAGCCAAGAAGCCUUCUCAGUCACAGGCCCAGGCCCAGUGGCUGCCCCAACAAACAUUCUUCCAGUGCCCACCCCUAAGCUCAAGGAUGAAGACUUCCCCAGUCUCUGUGCCUCUACUUCCUCCUCCUGCACAGCCUCUACCCCAGGCUCUGUGGGGCUGGCCCUGGCCUAUCCUGGUCCUACCAGGGGCAGGAACACCUUUCAGGAAGAGGACUUCCCUGCCUUGGUUUCCUCAGCACCCAAGCCCAGCAAUGCCCCCUCCAGCCUCAUCUCAGCUUGGAAUAGCAGCUGCAGCAAGAAAGGGAACCCACCCACCCCAGGAGCCCAGGCUGUAGUCAGUGGCAGCCAGCACUCCCGGAAGGCAGGGAAGGGGAACAGGGGUGGUCGAAAGGGUGGCCCAUCCCCAGUGGCUGAGGAGGAGGGUGGUGGCCUUACUGUACAGGAGCUGCGGAAUGUGCCCACCACAGUAGCUGUUUCUUCCUUGCUGGCACCAGCCUCUACCCAGAGCUCCACUAAAGUCAGCAAGAAGAAGAAGGCGGGCUCUGAGAAGCCUGGGGCCACCCCAUCUCCGCACCUGCCCCCUGAUCAUAGUGCAAAGCCCUCUGGGGUUGAGCAGGUCCCUGAAGCCCCUUUGAGCAAAGCUGAAGUACCAGUAAUCAUUGUCGUCAAUGGACACUCAGAGGGGCCGGCCCUGACACGAAAUACCCCUAAGGAACCCCCAGGGCUCCCAAGGCCCCUGGGACCUCUUCCCUGCCCCACACCCCAGGAAGACUUCCCAGCACUUGGAGGCCCUUGCCCACCCAGGAUGCCUCCUCCCCCAGGCUUUAACACCGUGGUGCUCCUGAAGGGCACACCGCCCCCACCCCUGCCCCCACCAGGCCUGGUGCCUCCUGUUAGCAAACCACCCCCUGGCUUCUCCAACCUCCUGCCUAGCCCCCACCCAGCCUGUGUCCCCAGUCCCACGACCACCAUGAAAGCGCCCCGACUGACACCCACACCACGAGCCUACUUAGUUCCUGAGAACUUCCGGGAGAGGAACCUACAGCUCAUCCAGUCUAUCAAGGACUUCUUGCAGAGUGAUGAGGCCUGCUUCAGCAAGUUUAAGAGCCAUUCGGGGGAGUUCAGACAGGGAAUGAUCUCUGCGGCCCAGUACUACAAAAGCUGCAGAGACCUACUCGGGGAGAACUUUCAGAAGAUCUUCAGUGAGCUGUUGGUGCUCCUGCCAGACACAGCUAAACAACAGGAGCUGCUGUCUGCACACACUAACUUCUACAGUCGUGAGAAACCUCCCAGCUCCAAGUCCAAGAAGAACAAGAAGAGUGCAUGGCAGACCAGCACCCAACAGGUGGGCCUGGACUGCUGUGUGUGCCCCACCUGCCAGCAAGUACUGGCACAUGGUGACGUCAGCAGCCAUCAGGCACUGCACGCCGCCCGGGACGAUGACUUCCCUUCCCUUCAAGCCAUUGCCAGGAUCAUUACGUAGCUGCUGCUGGUGAGGGUAGGAGCUGUCCCACCCGAGCACCUCCUUUUUCCUUCCUCUUCUCAGCUGCCAGGCAGCUAGGUAGAGCCCUGGGGAGGCUCAGGCCUCCUGGAUAGCCAGGUCAGUCAGGAGGUCAUCAAGAAGGUCUUCCCUGUGCACCAUCACACAUAAGUUCUGUCCCCUGCUUGGCAGAGGGCCAGUCUUGGUUUGUAUUCAUUCUUGUGAUUUUGAAAUGUGCCAGGGAAAGGAAGGGCUGGGAUGCAGGGACCUGAGCCUGUGGUCACAGCCAGAGGCCACAGUGGCCCAAAAUGGGCCCUCUUGAGUCCAGCCUGCAGCCCCAAAGCUGACAGCUGCAGGUCCACUGGUGCUGGAGUCAGAUGUCAAGUGUGUUGUGUAAACAAUUGGCUGUUCCAUAAUUUGAGAAUGUUCCAGAUUAAAAAGACACCAAAUUGUGUUACUUGAAGUUCAGUCUUUUUAUGAGACAAACUAAAUCAGAUCUCAAACUGCCUCUGACCUUUUAUAAGACAGUUUAUCUUCAAAUAAAUUUAUUUUGCAGUACUGCACAUAGCU